CGUGCUUUAAUGUUUGUAUUUGUGACGAAAUAUAAGUGACCCUUACUGGCGAAAAUUUCUGGUUACAAGUCCUUGAAGUUGUGUUUCGAUAUUUUGAAAUAUCGAUUCUGUAAAAUCAAUAUCGAAAGACUUAAUGGAAUGUGAGAAGAACUUGGCUGUGUAUAAUAUUCUUCUUUAGGACCGUUAAAGACGAGAAAGGUUUUGUAAGAUAUUUGAGGAGGGUAGUAGACAAUGGCUUACAUUUAAUAUCAACAUUGGUGCCUUUUAAGAAUUUGUGAUCAUGGGAUGCUGUGGGUACGUUUCUAGAAGAAAUUAGUAGUUUUUGUCUUCAGUUUUCUUCUGUGGUUUUUGUUUACUUUUGUUUUAUUAGUAUGUGACUAAACAUUACUUGGAUCUGUUACGUCAACUGAAGCAUGUGUUAUGUUCAAAUUGGACUGGUUCAGAGCCGACCGAUCACAUAAGUAUAAAAUGGGCUGUGGUUCUAGUUAUGAUGCCUCAGAUGGCCCUAGGAUCGUCGUCGUCUUUGGAGCCACUGGACUACUAGGUGGCGCUAUCGCGCGGCGAUUGCUUCAAGAGCCUUUCCUGUAUAAAGUCCGGUGUGUGACGAGACGGUCGUCAAGUGAUAAGGCUCGGCAGUUAGCAGAGCAUGGAGCAGUUAUCGUUAAUGGUGAUCUUGGGGAGACUAAGAGUCUGGAAAAAGCGCUAGAGGGCGCCGAUAUAAUGUUCUUAACGACGCAUUAUUGGGAGGAGAGGAAUAAGGAGAAGGAGGUGAUAAAGGGACUCAAUGCUAUUGAUGCAGCUAUACAAUGUGGAGUGAAGCAUAUCAUAUUUAAUGGGUCAGAAAACGUUAAAAAAAUCAUAGGAAAAGAAUGCAAUCAUCUGGACUCCAAGUCGGCCAUAGAAGAAUAUAUCCGAGAAGUGGACAAUCCCUCCGUAGACGUGACUGGCGUUAAUUCUGUGAUGCCGGAGGUUUCAACGAAUGAAAUAGGUAUAAAUUUCACUAUUUUACGUCUCCCAUUUUGGUUUGAGAAUUUUUAUACAGUCUUCAAGCCACAUAAACUUAAACAUGCCGUUUAUACUGUAGCCUUGCCGUUAGAGGGCACUGAAAUCGACGCAAUGUCGGUAGAAGAUGUUGGUGACGUCAUCGUAUCAAUAUUGAGCAAGCCAAAGCAGUAUUACGGAAAGACUUUGAAUAUAUCUGUGGAGAAACUCUCUAUGGAAGACAUUGUCGAGACAUUUAACAGACAUUUUGACAACAGAAAAUUUACGGACCCAAAGAUUAGGGUAAAAGAUAUGGAGAAAUUUCAGUUUCCAGGCGCUAAGGAUUUAGCUGCUAUGUUUGAAUUUUAUCAAACCGAACAAUCGUUGAGAGACAUCAAACUAACGAAAAGAUUAAACCCACAUGCAAUGACAUUUGACAGAUGGUUGUCCGACAACAAGGAUAGAAUUGAGGAGGCUUUACGUGAAAGCUAAUGAAAUUGAUUUUAAUACCAGUGUAUUAAUUAUUUUUCAAAGACCAUUUGGGUAAAGCUUAUUUCACUUACUGACUCAUUUUGUAUUGACAAAAUCCCGAUGUCAAUACCUUUAUAAUCUACACUAGUCAUCGACUACAUUUUAAUCAUUUACGGAAUUAUGAAUGUAUACAUGUAACAUUUGUCGCCAGAUGUGAAAAUUUAUGCAUUUACAUUUUAUACAUAGCUGAGUAAUUUCCGUCCCAAGAUGCAUGACUUUGUAUGAAAUUAUACUAGUUCUUUGCCAAACUGUGAUAAGCAUUUAUUUAUUUGAAAUUAAAACAUAUUUACGAA